GAAUCAAGCCAUUGAAGUACAUGUAGAUGAGGAUCGGACGACGUUCGACCCAGGCACACUUACAAGUCACAUGACGUCCGGGUAUGCGUUCAUCAUGUGACGCGCGAACACGAAGCUUAGCUACCCAAUUUCUGCAUUGUGGGCCAUUAGAAAGUUUAGUUCAUGUACGUUAGUUCCUGGUACUGUUGUUUUAACGUCAAGACUUGCUUUGACGAGUUUCCUGUUGAGGUUGCCUGCGCUGCUGCAGCGUACGUAACUUUUCAACUUGUAUAUCGAGGAAAUGCUGUCACAUUUUGUGUAACUUAGAGUAUAAGAGGAAAAGCAGACAAGGAAGCCAGGGACAAGGGCACACCAUCAUUUCUGUUUCCAACCAAAUGUCCGAAGAAGCCCAGAAAUGGAGCCAGGAAAAGAAGCCAGAGCCCACAAGACUACCAGAAUUGUUUGUUCUCACCAGGAAAUCUCAACUAAAUAAAUUUCAGUCCCAGUUUCUCAAAAUCAUUUGUGGUGAAGCUGGCUGUAUGUUACAGUAUGUGAAACUGUGAACGGAAAAUAUCCAAAGGCACUUGUCAUCACAUCCUCGUGAUUGCAAAAAUGAAAGUAGAGCUUCAGACACUGCUGUCAGCAUGCCGGCCAGCAAUGAAAUGGAACAGGAACCAUUAUUGAAGCCUCUAGACCCAGCAGUUGACGAUUGUUCACCUAGCUUUGUUGAUGCCGACGGCUCUGUCCAGCCCAGGACAGAGGUACAGGACCCUGCAAGGGAUCAGCCCAUCACGAGCCCUGGCGUGAGGGCUUACAUAUCCACCAUCAUACUCUUCCUGAUCAACCUACUCAACUACAUAGACCGUUAUACCAUUGCAGCUAAUUUGAUAGCAAUCCAGAAAACAUAUUGCAUUGACGACAACAAUGGAGCAGCUGGCCUGGUGCAGACGGCUUUCAUCAUUGGAUACAUGAUAACAUCACCUAUGUUUGGUUACCUUGGCGACCGCUACUCUCGCAAGAUCAUCAUGUCCUCAGGGAUUCUGUUUUGGGCAGGCAUGACAUUGCUGGGCUCUUUCAUCCCUGCUAACAUGUUCUGGUUGUUUGUCCUCGUCAGGGGCUUAGUGGGAGUCGGUGAAGCCAGCUAUAUCACCAUCUCGGUCACCAUCAUUGGCGACCUGUUUGUUGGUAACCGGCGUACUCAAAUGUUGAUGUUCUACUUCUUUGCAAUACCAGUUGGCAGUGGACUGGGAUACAUCGGUGGUAAAGGAAUUGCUUCGGCCUUUAAUGACUGGCGAUGGGCUCUCAGGAUUACUCCAGCCUUGGGGGUUGCAAGUGUGAUAUGCGUCAUGCUCAUCAUUAAAGAACCAAGCAGAGGCCAAGCGGAGACUGGGAACCAUACCAUCUCGAGCCAGAGAUAUAUAGAGGACCUUAAGGCCCUCCUGAAGAAUAAGACAUACUUGUUCACCACUCUGGGCUUUACAUCCAUUGCAUGGGUAGUUGGAGGUCUGGCCCUGUGGCUCGUUAAGCUGAUGGAGUUGAUCUAUGACUAUCACCACCAGGAUGACACAAAUGUCAGUUUCAUCUUUGGUGGCCUGACGGUUGCAGCAGGUUUCAGCGGCGUGACCAUAGGGACGGUGGGGGCACAGAUAUAUCGCCGCUACAACCCCCGUGCCGACGCCCUGGUGUGCGCCUUGGGGAACCUGCUGGCCGCACCAUUUCUCUUUGUCGGCCUGACCUUCGCCGUAACAUCAGAAGGGCUGGGAUGGACUUGUAUUCUCCUGGGAGAGAUUUGUUUAUUCCUGAACUGGGCACUAGUUCCUGACAUGUUGAUGCAAGUGUUGAUACCCGUGCGGAGGUCAACGGGCAACGGCAUACAGCUUUUGUCUGGACACCUUUUUGGUGACGCUCUAAGCCCGUACAUCAUUGGUGCUGUUUCUGAUUUGAUCCGAGGCGAUGGAUCCACCUACUUGGAACGCUACCAAGGUCUUGCCUACUCCCUUUACAUGGCCGUAUUCCUCUCCGUCAUUGGUGGGGGGUUCUUCCUGGCUGCCAGUCUGUAUAUUGAGCGGGACCGGGCACACAUGCAGGAAACAUUGCAAGCUUGUCAGGAGACUGAAGCCCACCAGACUGACAAUGAUGAUAUAGGUCAACCAGUCAAUGCUCGUAACAAUGAAGAUGUGGUUAUCUGAUAACAGUGGUUUCCAAAGUUACUUUUUUCUGCUGCCAAAUGAAGUAACAAGAUGCAAAUCAACUGAGAAACUGAGACUUGUAUAGGAAACAAAUAAUAAUUGCUUUGAGCUUGCCUUGGGGGUAAAUAGAACGCUUUAUGGAUCACCCCAAGAGGUACUGCAGAGCACUCUGGGUAAAGUAGUCAAUAUUUGUGUUCUAAAUCUCUCUUACAGAUUCUGCUUAAUAAACCUUUUGCGAGUUAAAAUUGAAUAAGAUCUGGCACACUGAGUUAUCUGAUUGCACAUAAACAUAACGAUUUGAAUUCCCCAGACUAAAACGCUGUUGCUGUACCUUGUGAUUCAGGGCAAGCUUUUACAUAGCGACCACCGUCUCAGGAAUGGACCGGUUCCUUUGUGCCCAUCUAAUUUAUUGGGAACAGUGUAUUGGUGCAAGGCGUCUUUUAUGUA